CAAGCCCGGCGCGGGAAGCAAGCUUUGUGAGGAUCACUUCGAGCAGUCUCAGUUCGAAAACCACCGAGCCGAUGGCAGGAAGCUGCUUAAACAAGAUGCAGUGCCUACUAUUCUUGGCUCCGGGCGUAACUCAAACGAGCUAAAACGCAACAGAAAGAUGCCAGUGAAGCAAGUUUCAGCCUUUCUGUCAGACACCGUGCGGACAGACUCUCCCGCCUCUGACUGCCACAAGACCUUGAGCCCAGAAAGCGCAACAGGUUACAGUGAAAGAAACCCUGACGGAGCUUUCUCGGGCUGCACAGUUGAGACUCCGAGCAACACUGCCACGUUGGAAGGUUGGGAAGGCACUCUGUUCUUUUGUUUGUGUUUUUUCUCUCCAUGCAAUAACCUUUCCAGACGCCAUGCCCACAGAGUCUCACGCCUCUGACUGCCACGAGACCUUGAGCCCAGGAAGCGCAGCGGGUUACAGUGAAAGGAACCCUGACAGAGCUCUCUCGGGCUGCACAAUUGAGACUCCGAGCGACAGUGCCGUGUUGCAAGAUGCCAUGUCGACAGACUUUCACGCCUCUGACUGCCACGAGACCUUGAGCCCAGGAAGCGCAGCGGGUUACAGUGAAAGGAACCCUGACAGAGCUCUCUCGGGCUGCACAAUUGAGACUCCGAGCGACAGUGCCGUGUUGCAAGAUGCCAUGUCGACAGACUUUCACGCCUCUGACUGCCACGAGACCUUGAGCCCAGGAAGCGCAGCGGGUUACAGUGAAAGGCAGUAUAAACCAAGUCAAGGCGCCAACUUCAUUGCAAACGGAAAAAUGGAGCCGAACCGUGUGUUCACUGCCAAGGAAAUGCAGGCUAGGAAGAAGUGUCGAGCACAGGAAGAACGUCUUCGGUAUGAGGCGAAGCAUGGUUUCGAACGUGAGCGCAUGCUGGCUCAUAAACGGGAAGUGGAACAGGGUGGCGGCAGUGAGACAGCAGCGGAACAGGAGAGCGUCGUUUAG